AUGCCAUCAUCAGUUACCGAGACUCACGGAGCAAAUGCCGAGACUUACAGUGGAGAAGAUGUUUGCAAGCAAAAAUUUUUGGAGCUGCUUGAGGAAAUAUCUUUGCCCAAGGGCAUCGAACCUGUUGAAAUAAUAGAGUUCGGUCGAAAUCGAUCAACUGGGCUUGUGUGGAUGAAGCUGAAGAACAAGAAAGAGCACAAAUUUAAGCGGAUUAAUAAGGUAGUAUCUUACAAUAGAGAGAUCAACUUUUUUAUAGACAAUGGCGGUAUUAAGAAACUCACAGGAAUUAAGUGCAAGGAGUUGUUUAUUUGGAUCACCAUCUCCGGCAUGUUUAUCGAAGAUCCUUCCUCUGGAAAGAUUUCCUUUACCAUUCCCAGUGGCUUGAAAGCCCAUUUCCCUAUUUCGGCCUUUGAGUUGGAAGAAGACGACAACAAAAAAUAG